AUGAAUCAGUAUGACCUCAGAGAUAUGCAGAUGAAUGGAUCCAAAGCCAUGUCUGUUACAGAAUUUGAACUGGUGGGUUUUCCGGGUCUCAUGGACUAUAAGAUGCUUCUCUUUGUUGGAUUCCUUCUAUUGCUCUUAGUCACUCUAACAGCUAAUCUUCUUCUCCUCCUUCUGGUUUCAUUGGACCGCCGACUUCACACACCCAUGUACUUUUUUCUCUGUAAUUUAUCCCUACUAGACAUACUGAUGACAACAUCAAUUAUUCCAAAACUCCUGGCAGUUCUUUCUGGAUAUGACAAAACCAUUUCAUUUGCCGCUUGCUUUGGACAAAUGUAUUUCAUAGUAUCAGUCGGUGUAACAGAAAACUGCUUGGUGGCAGCAAUGGCGUAUGACAGAUUUAUUGCUGUUGUUAAGCCACUACAUUAUAAUGUGAUUAUAAAUUUCAAAAUAUGUCUCUUGAUAGUGACAAUAGUGUGGAUGCUUGGAUUUCUUAUCCCUCUUGUGUUCCUAAUUUUAGUUAUUCACCUGCCUUUUUGUGCCUCAAAUAAAAUCAUGCACUGUUUUUGUGAUUAUCCAGCUGUUCUUUCCCUGGCUUGUGCUGACAUUACAGAUCAUGUCAAUGGAUCAUUUGGCAUUGCUUUAAUUGCAAAUUAUGUACCUUUGCUUUUUGUACUGUGGUCAUAUGUCAGAAUUAUAAUUUCUGUUCUAAAACUUAAAUCAAGAGCAAGCCUUUCAAAAGCCUUUUCAAUGUGCUCUUCACAUAUGACUGUGGUGCUGAUGUAUUAUGUUUCGGCCUCUAUUGUAUACGCAGGGCUAAAAAUUGAAGGGCUCUCGUAUGACGGAAGAAUUUUUAUUGGGGGCUUGAAUUACUUUUUAAUGCCAAUGGUGAACCCUAUGAUUUACAGCUUAAGAAAUGAAAAGAUGAAGGAUGCAGCAAGAAGAUAUAUUCGCCUCAAUUUUCUUUUUCCACAAAGUGUAAAAAAUUCCAUUGAUGGUAUGGAACUAGGUUUUACCAAAAAAUGGAAUGAUGUCUCCUACAUGAAUGCACUCUGGCACUUGUACCUGUUGGCAGCGUGA